AUGACCAACCAAUGGCUUAAGAGAGCUGGGUUCAAGCCCGAAACAGAGGGCUUUAUCAUUAAUGCCCACGAUCAGGCCAUCAAGAGCAACUACUAUAGUAGCAAUUGCAAGAUCCUAAAAGAUGGUACAGAUCAGACCCAAUGUGCAGAAUUUGUGGUCAAUUUCAGGAAACUAUUGACCAUAUUGUGGCAUGGUGUCCUGAGCUGGCCAAAACUGAAUACCUACACAGACACAAUAAAGCCAAAACGUACACUGGAACUUACAAACAUACAUACUUUAUUGUUACCUACCCAAAGGGGCUUUUCAGGAACAAAGAGAUGAAUAUAGACACAAACCAGAAAUGGUACGAACAUGAGCCCCAAACAGUAACAGAAAAAGACAACAUUACAAUCUUGUGGGAUAUGCCAAUACAGACAUAUCUUGAGAUAAAGGCCAACAGACCAGACAUUGUAAUCAAGAACAAACAAGAAAAAAACUGCCUGCUCAUUGAUGUGUCCAUUAAUUAA